AUGUACACUGACACAAAUGAAGGUUCUCGAUUCAACACGACAGAGGCGCUUUUGUUGCAGUUCAUGCUGUUGUCCAAUAUCAGCUGGCCGGAGCUCUCUAGUCAGACCCGGCGCAUCAUCGAACCAUUUCCGCAGCAUACUUCUGUUUGCAACGAAUCUGCACCUGCACAACAUGGUCGUCCAGUGGCCAGCUCUGAGACCAGCAUGAAGUCUCUACUUCCAAGGGCGUCAGCUCUCUGCCGAGGGGGCAAUGCUGUCUGCAAGGCCGUCACGAUCCCCGUCGCAACAUCUAGCUCACAGAGGCCUUUCUCCGUAUUGAACCGGCCGCCGCCAAACUACCCGGGCCAUGUGCCCUUGACGCAUGUCGAACGCGCAGGGCUUGCGAUCGGGUCCGGCAUCAUGUCGCUAAUGAACCCAUACCGUGGAGACCUCAUCGCCGCCUUCGCCGAGGCAACCUCCACGCCGUACUUCAUUCCGCGCCUCCGCAACGCAAUGCUGCAGUCGGCGACAGGACGGCGCAUCCUGCGCGACCGGCCGCGGCUGACGUCGGCGUCGCUGGACCUCCCGCGGCUGCGCGCGCUGCCGGACAACACCGUCGGGCGGACGUACGUGGGGUGGCUGGACCGCGAGGGCGUGACGCCCGACACGCGCAGCGCGGUGCGGUACAUCGACGACGAGGAGUGCGCGUACGUGAUGCAGCGGUACCGCGAGUGUCACGACUUCUACCACGCGCUGACGGGCCUGCCGAUCGUGCGCGAGGGCGAGGUCGCGCUCAAGGCGUUCGAGUGGGCCAACACCGGCCUGCCCAUGACCGGCCUGAGCAUGUUCGCCGCCUUCACCCUCAAGCGGAGCGAGAGGCGCCGCUUCGCCUCUGUGUACCUGCCCUGGGCGCUGAGGAACGGUUGGCGCGCCGAGGAGGUCAUCAACGUGUACUGGGAGGAGGAGCUGGAGAGCGACGUGGAGGAGCUGAGGGCGCGGCUGGGUGUCGAACAGCCCCCUGAUCUUAGGGCCAUCCGGAAGCAGGAGAGGGAGGAGAAGAGGAGGCUGAAGGAACUAGCAGCUGCUGCGAAAGGGGCCGCUGCGACGGCAUGA